CCGCACUCGCAUUCCCGCCAAAAAUCCUUUGCAUACGGCGUGCAAUAUUCGCGAUCCGAGUUUUGUUUGCAUUUGUGUUUGCUUUCGAACGGAUCGGAGCUGCUAUAUAUCAAAAACUGCUAAGAAAAAGCGAUCCAAAUUAUAAACAGAAGUGGAAACAAUGGCCCACGAUGGGGAACAGUUCAUCAAGGACAUUCAGCGCGAAUAUGUGGACUUCCUGGACGAUGAGGAGGAUCAGGGCAUCUACGCGGGCCACGUAAAGGACAUGAUCGCAGAGAAGAGCAAGCGCCUGAUCGUGAACGUCAACGAUCUGAAGCGCAAGAACCCUCAACGAGCCAUGGGACUGCUGAGCAGCGCGGCGGACGAGCAGUUGGCCUUUGGGCGCGCUCUCAAGGAGUACGCCUCCACAGUGGAUCCUGGCUAUGCCAAACUGCACGAGGACCUCUUCGUGGGCUUCGAGGGCUGCUUUGGCAACCGGCAUGUGACGCCGCGCUCCCUCACCUCCAUGUAUCUGGGCAACAUGGUCUGCGUGGAGGGCAUUGUGACCAAGGUCUCCCUGAUUCGUCCGAAAGUCGUGCGCAGCGUCCACUAUUGUCCCAAUACCCGCAAGGUGAUGGAGCGCAAGUACACCGAUCUCACGUCCUUCGAGGCGGUGCCCUCGGGUGCUGCGUAUCCCACAAAGGACGAGGAUGGCAACCUCCUGGAGACCGAGUACGGCUUGUCCGUCUACAAGGAUCACCAGACGCUGACCAUUCAGGAGAUGCCGGAGAAGGCGCCGGCGGGCCAGCUGCCCCGCUCCGUGGACAUUGUGUGCGACGAUGACUUAGUGGACCGCUGCAAGCCCGGCGAUCGAGUACAGAUCGUGGGCAGCUACCGCUGUUUGCCGGGCAAACGCGGUGGCUACACCUCCGGCACCUUCCGCACGGUCUUGUUGGCCAACAACAUAUCGCUGCUGAGCAAGGACAGCAAUCUGGACAUCUCGCGCGAGGACAUAAUGCUGUGCAAGAAGCUGGCCAAGAACAACGACAUCUUUGAGCUGCUCAGCAAGAGCUUGGCACCGUCCAUUCACGGACACGCGUACGUCAAGCAGGCCAUCCUCUGCCUGCUCCUCGGCGGCGUGGAGAAGGUCCUGCCGAACGGAACGCGUCUGCGUGGCGACAUCAAUGUCCUGCUCAUCGGCGAUCCCUCGGUGGCCAAGUCGCAGCUGCUGCGCUACGUUUUGAACACGGCUCCUCGGGCGAUUCCCACCACGGGCAGGGGUUCCAGUGGCGUGGGUCUCACGGCGGCGGUGACAACGGACCAGGAGACGGGCGAGCGGCGUCUGGAGGCCGGCGCCAUGGUCCUGGCGGAUCGCGGCGUGGUCUGUAUCGAUGAGUUCGACAAGAUGAGCGACAUCGAUCGCACGGCCAUUCACGAGGUGAUGGAACAGGGCAGGGUCACCAUUUCCAAGGCGGGCAUCCAUGCCUCUCUAAACGCUCGCUGCUCCGUUUUGGCCGCCGCCAAUCCGGUCUAUGGAAGGUACGAUCAAUACAAAACGCCCAUGGAGAACAUUGGGCUGCAGGAUUCGCUGCUGUCGCGUUUCGAUUUGCUCUUCGUCAUGCUGGAUGUGAUUGAUAGCGACGUGGAUCAAAUGAUUUCGGACCAUGUGGUGCGCAUGCAUCGCUAUCGCAACCCCAAAGAAGCCGAUGGCGAGCCACUUUCCAUGGGCAGUUCCUAUGCGGAUUCGAUGUCCUUUGUUUCCAGCACUGAUGAGAAAAAGGACACGGAGAUGUAUGAGAAGUACGAUGCCCUGCUGCAUGGCAAGUCGCGCCAGCGCCACGAGAAGAUCCUGUCCGUGGAGUUCAUGCGCAAGUACAUCCACAUUGCCAAGUGCAUGAAGCCCAAGUUGGGCGAGCAGGCUUGCGAGGCGAUUGCCAACGAGUAUUCCCGCCUGCGCUCGCAGGAGGCCGUCGAAACGGACGUGGCGCGCACUCAGCCGAUAACGGCGCGUACCCUGGAGACCCUCAUCCGUUUGUCCACGGCCCAUGCCCGGGCACGCAUGUCCAAGUCGGUGACCAUCGAGGACGCCCAUGCGGCCAUUGAACUGGUGCAGUUUGCCUACUUCAAGAAGGUGCUGGAGAAGGAUCGCGGCAGCAAGCGGCGCCGGAACAGCGGAUCCGAGGAGGAGGACAACGAGAACGGCGAGGCGUCCAGCCAGCGAUCGCCGUCGCGACGCAGCAAGCGCACUCGCACCGCUCCCGUGGCCGGCGACAGCGACGAGGAGGACAUCAAGACACCGCAGCCAGAUGCCGGCGACUUAACGCGCCGCGAGACGCGUCGUUCGCUGCCCGCUCGCUCCUCCUCGCAAGCGGUGACCUCCAGCGAGGAGCAGUCGGUGGCCGACACGCCCGCCUCCUCGGAGCCAGCCACCAUCAGCGAGUCGCGGCUGGGCGAGUUCAAGAACAGCCUGCAGCGGCUGUUCCGCGAGGCACGCGAGCAGAGCCUGCCGCUGGCCAGGAUCACCGCGGCCAUCAACCAAGGCAGCCAGGAGCCGUUCACCAGCGGCGAAGUCGAGGCCGCCGUCAAUCGGAUGACCGAGGACAACCAGAUCAUGGUGGCCGACGACAUUGUCAUUCUCAUCUAAUCUCACAUUCCACCAGAUCACCAUUUUUCAUCUGCUCACUAUUGUAACCCUCAUGUAUUUAUUAAGUUUUAUUUUUGUUUAAAUUUAUACGAUAAUAAACAUUUUGGAAUUCUCCUUGGAA